CUUCAUUUGACUAGAAUGACUGCCUUUUUCCCCUCCUUUUUUGCCCGUAUUACUUCUUUCCCUCCCCAUAUCUACGACACAGCGUGCGGAAAGAAUCGAAAGCGAAAGAGGAGAGGCAUGAGACAGGUGAAGGCAAACCAACUAAUACCCGCGGAAUGCCAAUACCACCCCUUGCAACACUUCCAGGGUAUGCUCCCACCAAUCGCCCUCGGCCCAGAGGAACUCUUUCAUGACGUCGGCCCGCUCGAUGAACUUAUCACAAUCCUCGGGCCGCGAGAGGUCGAAAUCGAGCUUGUCGCGCCCCAGGAAGCAGGCCGGCUCGCCCUCGGGGGCGCCGUAGACGAAGCGCGCGUAGUGCCCGCGAACCAUCAGCCCGCCCAUGGGUACCUCCACCAGCUCCGGCUGAGCCUCCCGCAUCUCCUGCCACAGCUCGUUGAAGUCCGGCAGCGCCGCCUCCCACUCCGCGUCAUCCAGAAUCCGCUUGAUGGGCACCCGCCCGACGGGCAGCUCUGAUGUUGAGGUUGCGGACAUGAUGUUGCGAUAGUUGAAAGUUGUCCUGGGAGAAGAGGAGCACUGGAGACUUAGGGGUUGGUGAUGAGGAAAGGGACAGGUAAUGGU